AUGGCGUACUUUGACCUGGAGGCUCGGUCACGGCAGCUCAACGCCGAGAUAUUGUCCAAGUUCCAAGGCACUGCAAAGAUCGCCUCGGACUGUCUCUUCUUCGACCCAGAAGGGGAGAUGAACAAGGAAAAGACCAACCGCCUUGUCGACAUCUUCAAGCGAGAAGGAUGCGAUCGCUUGAGCGACAGCCAUGCCAUUCCCGGCAACAUCACCGCCAACUUGCUCUCGGCAGCGCUGCGGCACUCCAAUCUGAGUACGGCUGAUCUACGCGGCUCCGAGCCACCCGUCCUCCGCCUUCCCAAGGGUACGCACGUCAGCUGUCUUCACGGGAAGCACCGCGUCGAGGCGCUUCGCCGAUCGAGACACCUGUCUCCUUGGUGGACGGUCAAGCUGUACGUAGCCGGUGCUGACCCUUUAGAUCUUUCGCCAAAGGCCGUCCAGCUGCUGGCUGAGAGUUUCGCCAACGAAGGCCAGUUCUCAGACGGGCAUAUAGUGGUGAAGAUACGUAGUUACCCUCCAGGCUCAAUCGACGCGAAUCGAUGGUGGACAAGGCUUAGCAAGAGCAAACCCGAAAUACUACGGAGAUUACUCAAGCAUCCGGGACUCGGACCUGCUCUCGGGCUCGUAUUGCAGAUCCCGGGCCUACGUUCUGGGCUUCAGCUGGCCAUCUGGAAGAAGAUCAUGGCAGAAAACGCGGUAGAGGAAGUCGUCCACUAUCUCAAGCAUAUAUACGACACAUGGUGCUAUAUAAUGGGGUCCGCGGCCGCGCUUGAACUCGUGGACAGCGAUACAGUUUCUGAACUCGAGCUCCGCGUCCCGGGCAUAUCUUAUUCCGACGAUUUUUACGUUUCGAAUGCACUGCGGACGAAUGCGAUAUUCAGAGACGUUACCGAUGAUCUUGAGAAGGAGAGAAUUCUGCAAAGACUGCGGCAGGUCAACUAUUUGAUUCCGACAAUUCAUACAUUACAGCAAGACUUUAAAUACUUGCGACAAUGUACGAGUGUUAUGAAGCAGCUUAUCUUGGGAAAGAACCGACUCCCUGUUUCUGUUCAAACAAUAGUUUCUAGUGCAUAUAAGUCCGAUACGAAGCCGGAUCACGCAGCACACUUUCUGGAUAGUAUGAAAGUUCUCUACCUUGCUAUUAUGCAGAACCUCGUAGAACUCUCGGGCGAGGAUCCUUUAAAGGAAGACGAUGAGAAGGACCCGAAGACACGUCCGUAUGAUCAAAGAGCCUGGCAUCAAUUAGCACACCGAGCCCGAGAAUUAGGGUUUAGUUCGGACGAGAUCGUCCGUUUAUGUUCCCUAGAUUCGGAUCGAGAAAUGGCGAGGAGGGCGUUGCUCGAUGCCCGACCUCUACAGCAGUUUGACUAUGGACAGAACUUGGACAGCUUGAUAGCUACCAUGGUUAGAUGCUUUAACCAGGCACAGCCAGCCAUGUAUAAAGAUACCUGUUUGGCACUUACUACCUCACAUGUAGGGGAGCCGAUCAAGAGACGAUGUGGUCGCCAGUAUUCGAAAGCCUAUUCCAACGACCGGCUCUAUAUCACCUUGGAUAACUUUACCAGUCGUCUACAGAAGGACGCCGAUAUCACGUCUCUAUUCGUCCGGAGAUCCGUGUUUCACGCGUUUUGGGGCGGGCGUGAUGAUGAGCAGAAUACCGGCCAUACUGACUAUACCGAACAGCAUGGCGUGAAUAGCAGGGGCACCGAUGCACAGGAUCAGCAAAUGCCAGAUGUGAAUGGGGAUGGGGGCUCUAACCAGGACGCUAAUACACAAGAUUGGCAAAUGUCGGAUGUGGACGACGAGACAGGUCAAAAUACAAAUAACCCUGACCCUACUAGAGAGGUUUCCGCGCCGGCUCCUGUUCAAGAGCGUGAGAUGAGAGAUCGGCCGGUGGCUGUACGUCGUAAGACAAUAAUACCUCGGCAUAAAUCACGGCGCCGGAUCCGGAUACGCCAGUCAAACAAGAAAAAUAAGGCGCCUAAAAAUAUUUCUCCAGAGACACCACUGGUGGGCAGAAGCUCAGCCCUUACCACCUUUGUCUCGGGCCCUCCCAGAUUGGAGUUACAGGAUACAAGCCAACCGGCCCUUCUACAAGACAGUCGAAAAAUGAUGAUUCUUAUGCGACGAGACGGAGAGUGGGAAGAUGUUAAAGAAUGCCGGCGUUGUUCUGUUAUCGACGCUAUAGAACAGGUGCGAGAUGAUAACCCAGAACAAGAUUGGUUUUUAUAUGACAAAGAUGGCCGAGGUAUGAGUGUAGAGCAGUGUCUUACCCACGAGGAUGAUUUUAUAUGUUUAAACACAGAUGAAAACGGGUUUCCAGCAGAUCUAAUCUUAUAA